GCAGUCGAGCGAUCGUGUUGCUCAUACGCCUGGACGUGCUAACGAUAUCGACAUAAAAAGUAAAUUAUAUAUAGCACCAGAUAGUAAACUGAACUCAGUUGAGUGCUAAAUAAAUAGAGCUACUUAUUUGCCCUCUUCAAUCCCACCCUGAUCCCUAACUUCCUCCCCAAACUAACGCCAUAGCUUUAAACAUCUAAGCCCCACCACACACGCGACGAGCAUGGCCGCAGCUACCAGCGAUUUCACCAUAAUCCGACGAUAAUCCCAUGCAAAGUCGUUAGUGAACUUUUGUCAAUAGAAUAAAAUAAAUAAAUAAACAAACAUUCAAAAAAAUAUCAUACAAAUAAAUAAAUUUGAUAAAUUCAACUAAGGCGCAAGCUGCGGCAACUAACACAACCACAGCAAAUGCUUAGUAUCGCCAUCCCACCAACGCUAAUCCAUGUUGAAGCAAUUUCGUAGCAUUGCAUAAAACCCACAGCCAAAAGACUAGGAUUCAAACUGGCUGCUGCUGAUUGCUUUUUCCAAAAAUAUUUGUGCCAAACGCUUAGCGCAAAGUGCUAAGUGUUGUGCUGAGCGCCAAGACCUGCACACAUACACAUUCAAGGCACACGCCAUGAGCCACCAGUUUCAAGUGAGCUAUACCGCCCUUGAGAUGACCGAUGAUAAUCAUCAUGCUUCCUUUAUGCCGUCGUUGGUGUCCUCAUCAUCGCCACGUACGGCGCGUAAUGUCAACUUUCAUGCCGAAAUUAAUGAUACACCACCCACACCGCCACCCGGAUUUCCACCACAACAAUUGCCACCAGCACGCCGCACUUCGAAAUCCUUCUUUCAGCGACCACGUUCGAUGUCCGCUUGGAGUGAUAUUAGCCGGAGUAGUAUGCGUUUGGAUGAACGAGUCCGUGUGGAAUAUUACGUAAAUGAAAACACAUUCAAAGAAAGACUGCAACUUUACUUCAUUAAGAAUCAGAGAUCAAGCCUACGAAUACGAGUUGCCGACUUGUUUUUUAAGUUACUAGCAUGUGUUCUGUAUAUACUACGUGUGAUAACGGAUACGAAUCCAACAUUUGCAACAUGUUAUGGCUGCUCAGUGAGCAAUAAAACGGAAUUUCUCGUUUCGGCUCAACUAACCGAAGAGGAAUUCCAGGAGAAUCCUAUUAUCAAUUGGGAGGCUAUAUUAUGGGUGAAUCGGCCCACAGUGCUGUGGGCAGCGCAAUUAAUUUUAGCAUUAGUAUCACUAACGGAGGCAGUACUACUAACAUAUCUAGGCUAUAAGGGAAAUAUCUGGCAACAGAUUCUUUCGUUUCAUUUCAUUCUAGAAUUAAUUACGACAAUACCAUUUGCACUAACGAUACUAUGGUCGCCUUUACGAAAUCUAUUUAUACCCAUAUUCCUCAAUUGCUGGCUGGCGAAGCGAUCGUUGGAGAAUAUGUUCAACGAUUUGCAUCGUGCCAUGCAAAAGUCACAAUCAGCGCUCUCCCAACAACUCACCAUACUCUCCGCCACACUGUUGUGCCUGGUGUUCACAAGCGUCUGUGGCAUACAGCAUUUUCAACGCGCCGGUCAUCGUCAUUUGAAUUUGUUUCAGAGCACGUAUUAUGUGGUUGUGACAUUCUCAACAGUCGGUUAUGGCGAUUUCGUGCCCGAUAUAUGGCCUUCACAACUUUAUAUGGUGAUUAUGAUUUGCGUAGCACUUAUAGUGCUGCCAACGCAGUUCGAACAAUUGGCCUUCACGUGGAUGGAGCGUCAGAAAUUGGGCGGUAGCUAUUCGUCGCAUCGAGCGCAAAGUGAAAAGCACGUAGUCGUCUGUUCUACAACGCUGCAUGCCGAUACAAUCAUGGACUUCCUCAACGAAUUUUAUGCGCAUCCACUGCUGCAAGACUACUAUGUGGUGCUGCUUAGCCCCAUGGAGCUGGACACAACAAUGCGUAUGAUAUUGCAGGUGCCGAUUUGGGCGCAACGUGUCAUUUAUAUUCAGGGUUCCUGUUUAAAGGAUGGCGAUUUGGCACGUGCGCGCAUGAAUGAGGCGGAGGCUUGUUUUAUUUUAGCUGCUCGCAAUUAUGCCGAUAAGACUGCAGCCGACGAGCACACGAUAUUGCGUUCGUGGGCGGUUAAGGAUUUUGCGCCGAGUGUGCCGCAAUAUGUGCAGAUAUUUCGACCGGAGCACAAACUUCAUGUGAAAUUUGCGGAGCAUGUCGUCUGCGAGGAUGAAUUCAAAUAUGCGCUGCUAGCCAACAAUUGCACUUGUCCCGGUGCGAGUACGUUGGUCACAUUGUUGUUGCACACGUCACGCGGACAGGAAGGUCAACAAUCACCGGAAGAAUGGCAUCGUCUUUAUGGCAAGUGUUCCGGCAAUGAGAUCUAUCACAUUGUACUCGGCGACAGUCGCUUCUUCGGCGAAUACGAGGGCAAAAGUUUCACUUACGCCAGCUUUCAUUCGCAUCGAAAAUAUGGCGUUGCAUUGGUAGGCGUACGUCCAGCCGAGCUGCCUGAAUUCUACGAGGACACAAUUUUGCUGAAUCCCGGGCCGCGGCAUAUCAUGAAGAAGGAUGACACAUGCUAUUACAUGAGCAUCACAAAGGAGGAGAAUUCGGCAUUUGUUGUCAAUCAAAAUCAGAAUCAAAAUUUGGAUACACACGCGACGACGAAGGAGGGUGCUACUGAUAAUCUAACGUCUGUGAUAAUCUCAGAUUCGAAGCAGAAUCUCAAGGAUACAACGGUGACAUCGAUGAAUGCAACGCAAACACCCUCUGCAACUACAACCACCACUGUCACCACAACGAUACCGCCAAUGCUGGGCAUGGGCGGUGGUGGCAGCUGCGGUGGUGGUGGCGGUAAUGGCUUGGGGGGCGGCGGCGGCCAUAGUGGUGGCGGUGGAGGAGGUGGCUUGAGUGUUGCGAGCGCUACACUAACCACCAGCAAUCAUCUAGAUGUGCCACAAGCUGGAAAUCCAAAUCUGCUUAGUCCCGAUGUGCUCAAUCAGCGAAGAGGAAGUCGUCGGCCAUCUAUAUUACCAGUACCGGAUAUGUUCACCUCAUCUUCUUUUAGCAUAUCAGGCAACGAUGAUGGCGAAGAAGGCGAUGAAAGUGAGGACGAAAUCGACGAUGAUGUCCCUUGGCGAUCGCCGUCCGAGAAAAUAGCCAUCGUUAAGGGUUUCCCGCCCGUCUCCCCAUUCAUCGGAGUCAGUCCGACGCUGUGUUAUUUGCUAAAAGAGAAAAAACCAUUGUGUUGCCUGCAACUGGCGCAGGUUUGUGAGCACUGUAGCUAUCGCAAUGCCAAGGAGUAUCAAUGGCAAAACAAGACGAUUAUACUGGCAGCCGAUUAUGCAUCGAAUGGCAUUUACAACUUCAUCAUACCGUUACGUGCACAUUUCCGUUCGAAAACGUCGUUAAAUCCGAUUAUAUUGUUGUUGGAGCGUCGACCGGAUGUGGCCUUUCUCGAUGCACUCUCGUACUUUCCACUGGUGUAUUGGAUGCUCGGUUCAAUCGAUUGCUUGGAUGACCUGCUACGCGCCGGCAUUACCCUAGCCGAGAGUGUGGUGGUGGUGAAUAAGGAGCUGUCUAACUCAGCGGAGGAGGAUUCGCUGGCCGAUUGCAAUACCAUUGUUGCUGUGCAGACAAUGUUUAAAUUCUUUCCGAGCAUAAAAAGCAUUACAGAACUAUCGCAGAGCUCCAAUAUGCGCUUUAUGCAAUUUCGUGCGCACGACAAAUAUGCGCUGCAUCUGAGCAAAAUGGAGAAGGUACGAAUAUGAAAUCGUGAAAAGGAGCGUGGCUCGCACAUCUCGUAUAUGUUUCGUUUGCCUUUCGCUGCCGGCGCAGUUUUUAGCGCCUCCAUGCUGGAUACGC